GCUGGUGGAGGAGGGAGAGAGAGGUUGAGAGAGAGCGAAGGUGUGGAGUGAUAUGAUAACUCACUUCACCAAUUCACAGGAAAAUCCUUACUUCUUCAUCACAUUUUCACAAUCUGCCAUUAGUCUCUCUAUUCAGUACCUUUGAUCUUGAAUCAGAGUGAAGUAAAAUGAGUCGUUUAGGGCUUAAAUCGGUGGUUUACCAUGGGGACUCGUGCUUGGGAGAGCUGGACACUGUUCCGGUAAAGGACCAGGAUUUCCAGUUCCCAAACAACGAGAUUCGAAUCCACCACAUCUCGCCAAAAAGCGAGCGAUGUCCUCCUCUCUCAAUCCUCCAAACAAUUUCUUCAUUUUCCGUUCGCUGCAAGCUCGAAUCGAAUUCUUCUGUUGAACAAUCUCAAUUAAUCAAUCUUCACGCGUCUUGCUUCCACGAACUCAAGACGGCUGUGGUGUUGGUUGGAGAUGAAGAGGUGCAUCUAGUGGCAAUGCCGAGUAAGAAGAAGAAGUUUCCGUGUUUUUGGUGCUGUUCAGUGCCGUCCGGUUUGUACACGGCGUGUUUGGGGAUGUUGAAUUUGCGGUGUUUGGCGAUUGUGUUCGACCUUGAUGAGACUUUGAUUGUCGCGAACACGAUGAAGUCGUUUGAGGAUAGGAUUGAUGCUUUACAGGGUUGGAUUGCCCGUGAAAAUGAUCCAAUUAGGGUGUCGGGGAUGUCGGCUGAGCUGAAACGGUAUGUGGAGGAUCGGGCAUUGUUGAAGCAGUAUACGGAGAAUGAUUGUGUCAAGGAUAGUGGAAAGUUAUAUAUGACUCAGCAUGAGGAGGUUGCACCGUCUUCCAGCGGACAUGAGAAGGUUGUUCGGCCGGUUAUAAGGUUGCUAGAGAAGAAUAUAGUGCUUACUCGCAUUAAUCCGGAGAUCCGUGACACUAGUGUGCUCGUUAGGUUACGUCCUGCUUGGGAGGAUCUGAGAAGUUAUUUAAUUGCGAAAGGGCGUAAAAGGUUUGAAGUCUAUGUCUGUACUAUGGCUGAAAGGGAUUAUGCAUUAGAGAUGUGGAGGCUGCUUGACCCAGAGGCACACUUAAUUAGCUCAAACAACCUAUUGGACCGUGUUGUAUGCGUCAAAUCAGGGGCUAGGAAGUCUUUGCUUAAUGUGUUCCAAGUUGGCAACUGCCAUCCAAAGAUGGCAAUGGUAAUUGAUGAUCGCUUGAAAGUUUGGGAAGAGAAGGAUCAACCUCGAGUUCAUGUAGUCCCUGCAUUUACUCCAUAUUAUGCUCCUCAGGCAGAGACCGCAAACGCUGUCCCAGUCCUAUGUGUAGCGAGAAACGUUGCAUGCAAUGUUAGAGGCGGCUUUUUCAAAGAGUUUGAUGAGAAUCUAUUACGAAGAAUUUUCGAACUAUUCUAUGAAGACGAAGUCACAAAUUUACCUUCUGCACCAGAUGUCAGCAACUACUUGAUGUCAGAGGAUGCUAGUUUUGUACCAAAUGGCAAUCCAAAUACUCCUUUUGCUGAGGGAAUGAAUGGUCCUGAAGUUGCUCAGAGAUUGAGUCAAUUGGAUGACAAGAAUGUCACAGAUGCUACCACUCAUCCCAGCACUAGUCCUGAGCUAAGAUCUGACAUCUUUCAGCUCCCGGUGUCAUCCAUACCAAAUGUAUUUGGUCCAGCAUCCUUAAGAGCAGUCCUACCUUCAGAGAAACCUAGCUUGCUAGGAGCUCCAUUUAGACGAGAUAGCAGUUUCUCUGAAUCUGAUCCUGAUGUGAAGAGGAGAUUACUCUUGAUGAACCAUGGUCAAGAUGCACGAUAUCGGGGAUCAGGGGAACCUCCUAUUUUAUCUAGAUUACCUGCACAACCACCAGCACCACCUAUACAAGCACAAGGAGGCUGGUUAGUGGAAGAAGAUAUCAAUAGAGGACAUUUUGAUAACCGAGCAUCAGGAUUUGGUCCGGAAUCUGAUGCAUUAAGAAUUGAUAAAGCACGAGCUCGUCAUAAUUCAAUUAGUUAUGGACCAUCAGCUUCUACUCCUGUAGGGUUAGCAUCACAAGUAGCCCAAGCGAAGACCGAAGAGGCAGGUCCAGGGCAUGAAAUGCAGAAACAGAAUCUUCCGGUGGCGAGUCAGUUUUCAGAGGCUGGUGUGUCUCAGAAUCAUGCGUCCUCCAACAGCAAGGAACUUCCCACUGAAGGUGGAAAAGUGAACUUGCUUCCAUCUUCUCUGUCUAUUGGAGUGCUGCAUGAAAUUGGACGCAAAUGCAGCUCAAAGGUUGAAUUCAAGUCUAUUGUAAGCAGCACGAGUGAGGAUUUGCAGUUUUCUUUUGAGGUUUUGUUUACUGGUGAGAAAAUUGGUGUUGGAAUGGGUAAAACAAGGAAGGAUGCUCAGCAACAGGCUGCUGAGAAUGCCCUCCGCAGCUUGGCUGAUAAAUAUAUAUCGUAUAUUGGACCUCAUUCUGGAGUUGUGGAUAAAGAUUUUGAUAGGCUUUCUCUGGGAAAUGAAAAUGGAUUUCUCUGGGAAACUGUCAGUCCCGGAUCAGAUGAACUUCUAGCAGAAGAUGGGUUACCCAACGAGAACGCUUCUGAGGUGGGGAUUUGUCAUGAUGCUUCCCUUGAUUGAUUUGAUUUAUUUAUUAGAAAACAUAGGUGAUGCUUGGAUAAAGGGUAUCUGGGCAAGAAAUUUCUAGAAGAGGAGCAAUGAUUUUCUGGUAAUAAACCACUCCUUUUUUGGAUUUUGCGUUGCACCAAGAUGUGAAAGCAAAAACAGGGAAAGGUGGAGUGAGCUGGCUACAUGUUCACUACCGCUGCCUUGGAUAUGCUACUUAUUUCGUGUUUUAAAGGUAAGAAUUUGGUGACCAGUCCCUAGUUUCUACCCAUUAUCCAAGUACUCCAGGGUGGCCGACUUUUUUCUUUUUUAAUUUUUGUAUUUUUAUGAGUUUGUUUAGCCACCUGCUUCUCUUUUUAUUAUUUUUGUGUGUGUGUGUGUUUUUUUUUUUUUUUGGGGGGGGGGGGGGGGUUGGAUAUCUAAGUGAUUGAGUGACACUUGAUGGUGGUGCUGUUUUCCACCCACUUGUUCUCCUUCCUUUCUGCAAUAGGCAGACAAUGACUUUUAAUUUGGUCUCCACUUUUUCCGCUUCCUGUGAUCCAUCUUGAACUUUAUAACAAGUUCUAUUUUGAAUAAGCAUUACUUGACUAUGCUCAGGAAAGAAGUUGUGUGGCAGCUACUCUUUUCCCAAUGGGAUGGAAUGGUUUAGAAUUUGUCUAACAUUUUCUCUUUGAAUGUAAAUAUUUAUUUAUAAAAAGUCAUUUGUUAUUUUAUAGGUCAUUGCUGAUGCAGUGGAGAAAGUGUAUUUCUCCUCCUUUCCCAUUUCUCAAAAAAAAUUUAAAUCACAAUGGUUCCCUGCAGUAUGUGCUUUUCAUUGUUCUGUUUCAAAAUUCCUUUAUUUGAUCUUCUGUAUCUAUUAAAACUGCUUUACAGGGUGCUGAAGUGGCACUUGGGAGUACUUCCUCCGACGUAAUGAUUCAGCAAGUGCAAAAGCGUGCCAACUCUCCCAGGUUAUCACCAUCCAAUCCAUCUAAAAGAUCGAAAGAAGAAUUGCUGCGUGGUUCGCAAGGUUUACCAUUCUCGCGACAUCCAAAGAAUGGGCAUACAAUAGCAGGGAAGCAGCAUUAGGAAUAAAAAUGCGAAUUUAACCAAGGUUUUGAGCAGCUGGAGUUUUGUAUGAUUAUUGUUUUCUUUUUCCCUCUCAAACCUGAGUCUCCGGCUGAGGUGAAUAGAUCUUUUCUUUACCCAGGUUCUCUCUUUGGAAGGUGGGCUAUUUUUUCUUGAUGCCCUAUUUUCUCUCUUUAUUUUGUGGCUGUCGUGGGUUCAGUGCCCUCUCAACUUGUAUGUUUUCGUAAGUUUGUUCAUUUUAGCAAUCACAGUGUAGGCGACAAACAGUUCAUUUUCGACAUGUCUGUUCCUGAAUUGGUUUGUUGCACGUCCUUUUUAGAUUAGAUGAGGCUUCUGGAGGGUACUGCCAACAGUGCUUAAAUAGGUAUCAGAUACUGGUGGCUUUGUAAUUGAAAUUAGGCUUAAUUGCAAAUUGUACCAUGAAAGAUCUCUC